GUCACUACACUUCAAAACGUGGGAGAGAGAGUCCACAGCAGCGGCAGCCCACAGCAGCUUCAGUCCGAUCAGUCAGGCCUUCAUGCGCACAUUAAUACAGACAUUAUAGACGGGCUUUGUUAUUUAUACAACAAAUUCCAAUGUCGCUGAAAAACAGCAACGCCGUGGCUCUGGAGAGACGGAUGGAUCUGGCCUCGUUCUUCUGCAUGAUCGGACGGCACGGUCCUGCCGUGGCUCUGGCUGUCAUAGCGAUGGUAUCCGUGCUAGCGGGAUUCAUCAUCUACCGGACCGUGAGGGGGAAGCGGAGGAAGGCCACAACAGCAGCCGCCGCCGACAGUGACAGCAAGAGCCCCGAGCCGGAGAGAGACACAUCGGUGAUCCGGUCGGGACAGGAGCCGAGUCCGGAGGAAUCCUACAGCUCCGUGCAGUCAACAGAUGUGAGUGAUGAAGACUCAUCAGAUAUGAAGGAGGAAGCUGAUCAGUUUCACAGUGAUCUAAAAAUCAGGCAUCGUCGUGCUGCUGCUGACACUCUUGCUGCUGAGAAGAAACCUCCACCUUAUUCUUCUCCCAAGAGUGUCAUCCAAAUACCAGACAGCCAACACACCACUUCAGAUGACACAGAUGAAAUGACAGUUGUGCAGGACUCUUACAAAGUAGCAGAGAGUUUUGCAGAGGAGGCCAGUUAUUACCUGCAAUGUGAUACUUACAAGGAAAUGGAGAUGGAGGAUGCUGGUGAGUGCCACCAGGGUGCAACAGACGACACCAUUAAGGAGGUGAUAGAGGAAGUCCAUGAUAAGGAUAGGUGCUUGAAGGAGCCUGAGCUGAUUAUUGAUGAGAGCCAUGAGGAAGAGGGGAAGGUGUUUAAAGCAGAAGACCAGGAAGAUGAGAAUGUGACCAUAGACAAGGAUGUUUCAGAUGAGAAAACCAGACAAGGGGAGGAAAACUUUCUGUGUGCUUCAAGCAAUCAACUGUGUUUUGAGGACACCCCAUGUAUGAGUGAAAUUGUCAAUGAUGACAGACUACAAGAUAACAAAACUGCACUGGAAGCAAACAGUGUGGAGUCCAACUUGGAAGAGCCUGCUAUUCAUAUUGAAGAUGUACCUGUCAUUUUCAUCGGUUAUGGAAAACAUGAGGAAUUUGAGGAAGAAAGUCACCAUCCAGAUAGUAUUGACUAUGUUAAUUAUUCCAGCAAUCACUUUUCUCCAGAAGAGGAAAAGAAGAAUGAGGGUGAGAAAGCAGAGGAAGAGUAUGUAGACCAACAGUUCAUUCCUCAACAAGAUGAGACCUGGUCCUUGACAUCAGAACAAGAACCAAACCUGCCAUCUUCACAGCAGGACAAGUGUCAUUACAUGAUAGAUAAGGUGAUACCGCCAAUUCGGGAUAGUGAUUGGGAUGAUGAUGGUGGUCUGGCUGGUGAGGUGACUGAUCAAGAUGCAGAUGAAGACCAUGUUGUUGCUGAAUUUGAUGCUCACCCACAAUACUCUGACAAGCAACAAGUUCAGACUGAACAAAAAGACGAAAAUGGUCUUCUACACAAUCAGGAGGAUGGUGUUCUUGCAAUUGUGGCUGAUCAAGCAAAAGAGAAAAUGCUGAGUAGUGAUGACAAUGUUUCCUGUUUUGAAGAAUGUGACAGUUCAAGUGUGGUACCGGGCCCCACUCUGCAUUGUUUGAACGAGCCUGUAAAAGUUGAUAAUCUUGAUGACCAUCUCUCUGGUGUAAACACUGAUGCAAACGCCCAAAUUUCAAGCACUGCGGAUUUCCUUGACUUGUCAUUGGAUAGUCAGCAACCACAAAAUAAAGUGAAAGAUGAAGAAAUCGCCCCAUCUUUGGAUAAAGACUUAGAUCCUACUAUCAUUGGCUCUGAUUUGCCAUCUCUCAAGAAAGAAAUUCAGUUUGGUAAGAAUGAGACUGGCGCAGUUGCUGUGUUGGCUGAAGAAAAUAUUGACCUUCAUGUGCCACCUUGCUACGAAGACCAACAGAUUGACCAAAUGGUAAAUAAUGAAGCUACGGACAAGACUAGUGUUUCUGCUUCUCCUGAUACAGUUACAUGUGAUGCUGAGAUUAUUAUUGGCCCUGUAAUGACUGUAUCUCAUCCUCAUGUAUCCUGCUACAAAGACCAAGAAACUAUCCAAAUGACAAAUGAAGGAUUUGACAAAUCUAGUGCUGUUGCUGGUCCUGAUAGUAUUGAAAAUGUAACUGCUUAUGUAAUGGGUGAAGAAAUGUCUUGUCCUAACUUGCCAUCCAUCUGCCAAGACCUAAAAAGUGACCAUGUGGAAAUUAAUGAAACUUUUGACGAGAUGAGGGGUAUUUCUGCUACUGAUGCAGUUGUUUGUGAUAAUGCUAGCAUUUCUUCGCCUGUAAUGCCUGAAGAAAUAUCUCGCCCUGACAUGCUGUCUUUCUCCCAAGACCAACAUAGUGACCAAAUGCUAAAUAAUGAAGAUUUUUCUGAAUUCACCAUCAGUGCUGCUCCUGUCAUGACUGAGGACCUUGACCUUCCCAUGUAUCAAACUCUCUUGCCAUCUUUCAAGCAAAGUGAGCUAAGGGAUAAUGGCAAGGACAGCAUGUUAUCUCCUGGUGUUGGAGAAGAGAGCGGGAUUUCAAGCAUGACAGUCAGUCCUGAUUUGCAAGAUGCUGUUAAUGAGUUUAGUAUGAGCACUGAAAAUAUGGUGUUUCCAGUAAAUGAUCCCCACACUCAAGAAACAACAGAGGCUCAAAACAGCCUCUUUGCUGAUGAUGCAGCUAUAUCUGUGACUAAUAAAAAUACAGCAGGUAUGGUGUUUGCGCCUUACCCAUUUCAUCUCUUCCAACAACCCCACAGUGAGUACACCAAUGGAACUAAGUUUGAGUCAUUUGCAGCCAAUGAGGACAUGUUUGGCCAUGAGAUUGAGGACAGUUACUACAGAGAAAUGGAGCAGUUUUUGGCACAGAUUGCAGCAAGCAAAAUUAGUUUAGCCGAUGAGCUGAAAAAGCAGACAGACGUGAAAGCUGUUGUUGAGGUUGUAGAGAUUAAGGAGAAGAGGGAAGGAGUAAGCAUUGCAAAGAAAGUGGAAACAGAAGCAGAGAAAGAAAAAGAAGAAGACCAUGAAAAGACUGAAAUCAGUAUCAUGGAGGCAACAAUGGACAAUAACGAAUGGAUCACAGAUAGUAACUAUCAAGUCCUUCCCUGGAUGAACCUCUCUGCCACAUCUUCUGCCCAAGACCACACAAAAACCGAUCAGCCUCCCACUGAAGAUCGCCAGCACAGCCCUUCUCUCACAGAUGCUUCUUGUAUAGAUACAGAUACCCCACCUUCCACUGAAGUUAAACAAACCAGCACUCUCUCCCUUGUUGAUGAAAACACAGAAAAUAGCAAAAAGGUUGUGGCUGUCCAGCCAAUGCCCCAGAAUGUCAAUGUGACCUUCCGCAUCCACUAUCUCACCCACUCGCCAUACCAGACGGUGGCUGUCACAGGAGACCAGCAGGAGCUGGGAAACUGGAAGGAAUUCAUCCCGCUAGAAAGGGCCAAGGAUGGGCACUGGGCCACGGUGGUCAGCCUGCCUGCAGAAAGCCAUGUGGAGUGGAAGUUUGUGGUGGUGGACAAGGGUGAGGUGUGUCGCUGGGAGGAGUGUGGCAACCGCCUCCUUGAUACAGGCUACGGAGAUGACAUGAUUGUGCACAAAUGGUGGGGAUUCCUGUGAGAGUUUGAGAGGGAAGGGCUUAAGAGGUGAGAGGAAGAUUGGCAUGUAGUAAGCUUUGAGUAAUGGACCAGAUAAAAUUCAAACUUAUUUAUACAUCCCAGUACAAGAACCAAAUGAUGAUACAGUAAAUUAAAAUGACAUCUAAAACUCAUUUAGAUGUUAAAUACAAUACAGCAAAAUAUGAUAUUCUAUAUCUAUACAUUAAAAGAUGUCCCACAGUCCAAGUUAAAAGUGGGAUAUAUUUGGUUGAAAAAGUUAAUCAAUACUAAAAUCAACUGUUGCAACUGUUUGCACAUGUUCAUAGCUAGUUUCAAACUAAAAGAGUCUGCUGAAACAACAAUAUUAAAAAACUUCUAACUGGGUUAAACCAAUCAUCUAGUGGAACUUUUCCAAGAGGAUUGCCCUCAAAUAACCAGUGAUUAAGCAGUUUUUUCAGUGAACUGAAAAGAUUGCCAUCAAAAAACAGAAGCAUUAUAUAAAAUGUCUUUUUUUCUGUGGCAAUAUAUUUGAUUAUGCAAACUGCACCUCUAUAAAAGUGGGUGAUUCAAUGCAAGUGUUAAUUUGUAUAAAUGGAAACUUUAUUAUACUGUCCAUAUGCUGCUUUAAUACUUCCCAACAAUCUAUGAUAAUAAAUGCACAUAGUUCACUUUUACUACAGCAAUAAUCAAAGCAAUAAUUGUUCUGUAUACUGUAUGGCUGUUGUUAUCAGGUAUUGUGUUUACCACUAAACUGUGAUAUAGUUGUAACUUUGAUGCUGCUUUUAUCUUAUGGGACUCAUGCAUGCAAGUUUGUCCCAUUGUUGUUCUAUGAGCGUGCCUUUUAAACAUGAUUUUUCUAUUAAGUUGUUGUAAUGCAUCAGAAGUGUCUUUACUGGCCACUACUUUCUUUGUUUCAUUACAACUUUUAUUGAAUUAAGUGUAGUAGAUCCAUUACAUUUUUUCAAAUUUAAGUUCUUAAUCAGUGUAGGCUAUAGUCUCUAUAUCUCAGAUCAUAGAGCAUCUUAAUAUGCAAUAUUCUAAAGAUAAUGCUAUUCUUGAAUGUUUAAGAUGGAGUUGGUUACCAAAUAAACAAAUCCAAAUCUGUCAUA